AUGAAUUUGCUGCUCUGUGCUUUCCCUGAACUCUGCAUUCCCUCAGUCCCUGCAGAUUUUGGCAAACGGGUGUACCAAGGAGUGCGAGUGAAGCACACGGUCAAGGAUCUCCUGGCUGAGAAGCGAUCCCGGCAGAGCAGCGGCUCCCGCUUCAGCGGCAGCACCAGCACAGCACCGUCACCCUUUGGCCAAAUGCCAGGCUCACCCACCACGGCUGGUUACUACGGCGUCCGCAGAUCCUUCCCGACCGAGCUGGAUUUCCACAGCACCAAGCAGUUUGUCAGCGAUGCCUAUCCCUCCCCUCUGGGCUCCAAACCCUUCCCCUGUGACCCCUCUGCCCCCCAGGGCUACCCAGCCCUCCUGGAGCCCUAUCUCAGCGAGCAGUUCGGGGAUCACCGUGCUCCUCCUGUCCCAGCUGCCACCAGCUCCUUCUUCAGCGCUCCGGCCGUGCCCCCUCUCCUGCCAUCCUUCCCCAACGACACGGGGCAUUUCCUGCUCAGAGAGCCCUGGGAGCAGCCCUCACCCGAAAGCCUCAGCCAGCCUGACAGUGCCUGCUCAGAGCCUCUGCAGCCGCUCCCUGCCACCUCCAGCUGCCUCUCCCUGACUGAAUCUGGAGCUGCUGCCCCGUUCCGAGGCUCAGGUUGGACCCCAGCCCUCCCUGGAGCCCAGCACUACCCUCUGCACCCCCUUGAAGAUGCUCACUACUCCCCCAGCUGUGCAGCCACCUCGCCCUACAGCUUGUCCCCGUUCAUGGCCGUGGCCAGUGAGCCCUCCAGGAUGAGCCACCUGUGCCCUGAGCCACCCUCGGAGCCACCACACCUUCCCGAGCACUCUGCCUGGGCCAAAGAGGAUGGAAGUGCCCUCUGGGGGACUUAUGAAGGCAGGAGACCUUACUGA